AUGUUCUAUAGUCACGAGAUCUUAACGUCGCGCAAGUAUGGCGUUGCGACAGUCUGGCUUGUUGCAACACUCGGUUCCAAGUCCAGCUUGAAGCGCAUCAAUCGCAAGCAGAUCCUCGACGUCGACGUCGCGAAGGCAUGUCAGACGAUUGUUGACCCAGUGGCGCCUAUGGCCUUGCGCCUUCAGGGCAACUUGUUGUACGGUGUAUCGCGUGUGUACUUGCAACAGUGUGGCUAUGUACUAUCAGACGCUCAGAAUGCGCACAACACCAUGGUCUUGAUGCUGCGCACUGUCCAGAACCAUGCCCUCGAUCUAGACGCUGGCAAAGCUCGGCCUGAACAGCUCGUCCUCCAAGACGACCCAUCGUUCCUUCCCGACUUUGCCCUGCCUCCCCCAGAAGUCCUGGCCGAUCUCGACCUCGGGCUCGACUUCAUCGUGUCGCGCUCUGGCGAUUCUCAGUCCUUAACCCCCUUCGGCUCGCAGCAAACCCAGUCGUCACCCAACGCUGGUGCGCUAGGUGGUCUCGUCCUACCCACCUCCUCACCAGACGGCCCGGGAGGCUUCCAGUUUCAGAGUGGCGACGAGGCAGCUGGGACCACUAGCUUCGUUGGCGGCGAUGAUGGCUUUGACAUCGGCGAGCCUGACUUUGGCUUCGACGAGAAUGGGGAGUUGAUCGAAGGUCCUCUCGUGAUGCCGCCUGUAGCUGGAACGCCUGCUGCGAGGAGUGCGGCAGGAAUGCAUAGUGAUGCAGGCGCGAGUACGAAAGUGAGGAAGGAACAUGAAGAGGGACGUAUGGGUGGUGCACAGAUUCCUGAUGAUCAUAUGAAUCUUGGUCUUCCUAUCUACGACGAAGAGCUUCCAGAUGGCGAAGCCUUUCCAACCGACAAUCAGGAACUAGGUAGCGACCAAGCCGAGAUUGUCCAGUCCUCCUCUGCAACCUCUGCAGCUAUGCGCAAGAAGCGAGCUCCGCGUGUACUGCCUGUCGAUAAACGAAUGGAACUGCGCAACAAAGACCUCGUUGAGUGGAACACGAAUUACCUCAAGAACAUGGAUGCGGUCAUCAAGGGCAAGAAGAAGUCUCGCAUUGCUCAGCAGGCAAAGAAAGGCGCUGACUACUAUGUUUGGGGUCGUGGACUCGGUGGAAUCGCAGAGCACUAUGCUGGAGCCACAGGUCCGAAUCCUUUCGAGAUGUUCAUCGGCGACAACUUGUUUGAACUCGCGACUGGAGUCAGCCGUAAUAAGGUUGCCGGCAAAAAGCAUGAUCGUGACAGUGGCAUCGACGAAGCAACUCAGGAGGAGUCUCGACGCGUGCGCCAGAAGACGAAUGAGCCCGGUUCCGAAAUGGGUCGUGGACAAGACGACGAAGGUUUCUUUAUGCCCGGUGACGAUGAAGUGGAAAUGCCACGUGAUGCACCUCCGGCUCUCGACGACCAACAGAUCCUCUCUUCUAUGCCAUGGAACACAGGUUCCAAGCGAGGCUCUUCGGCCAUUCCUCGCAGCGGACGUCCCGGUAGCCGACCCGGAAGUCGCCUUGUCUCUGCAUCUCCUCUCCACGGCCGUGGCGAACGUCUCGAUCUGGGAGCACUGGGUCUUCCGGAGAGCGAUGCCGACUUUGCAAUGGGCGGAGACGAGUUCGACAUGGCGGGACCCAGCUCGCCCCCAACGCUCAUUCCAUCGCCCAAGGACCAGAAGCCGUCUACUCACAUCAAUAACGCACUCGAUACCGAGGGCAACAACUUCCUUGAGUUCGUCACUGAUACCAUUCUCGAUAAGCGGAACCGUGCUCAGGUCGCUCUUGGUCACAUGGCUAGUCUGCAGCAAGUCCAGACUGCCGCAAACAUCGACACUCUCACUUUCGAAGAGCUUCUCCCACCUGUUGAGAAUACCAAGGUGAUUGCAUGUCAGGGCCUGAUGAUGGUUUUGACGCUCGGCACAAAGGGCAUGCUAGACGUCCAGCAGCGCACCGACUUCGGCGACAUCAACGUCAAGCUCACUGAGCAGGCAAAGGCCACUCAGGUCGUGGAGAUCAGCGACGACGAAGACUCUGAGGAUGAGGAGAGUUCGGAUGGCGGUGUGGAGAUCAUGGAAGAUAUGGUUGUUGGGGAACAGGGUGGAGACGAGGGUCACUUUGAGAACCAAUUCGCGGCUGGGUAUGCGGAGUACGGCGAGGAUGACCAUGAUGAGCUCUAUGACGAUUGA